AUGUCUUCAGAGGAGGGCAAGAGCCUCAACAGGAUCCUGGAAACUCUGGGUCUCUCCAACGUCCAAGUCACGCUGGAGAAACCCACGCCGCCAUCCAUGAACUCAGCACUACCGAUCGACCCGGCACUGUCACUUGGUCAGUAUCCGCUUGCACCGGCUCUCCCUGUUGUGCACCCCAUGGCGCCACCAGGCCAGCUGCCCCCCGACUUUGGCCUGUCCUUCGACGCAGCCGCUUCUGGUUUCGACGCCGUCCGUCACGGUCACACGCCAGCGACAUGGGCUCAACCGAGGGAUGCUGCGUCAAAGGUCAUUGCGGACUGGGACUGGAGCCCCCCAGAGAACGGAGACAUCAUCGCUCCCGGCGUCGACGUCGCAAGCGUGCGCGCACCCAGUCAUCCUCUGCUCAGCUCUUACUCGGGAGAGGGCGGCGGUGCGCUGAGCGACAACGAGAAUGACGACAGCGCAUCGGGGACGACGGAGGAAGACCUCGUCAACCAACUAUCAGAUCGGCUGGGGUCCCUGCAUAUCGGGCCCAACGGGCAGAUUUCCUACUACGGGCCGACAUCAAACUUCAGUCUUGUUGAGAUGCCCGCGGGAAGCGACACGUUGGCAGUUGAUCGAACUGUGCGGAACGACGGGCAGGAGCAUCUGGACAUGAUGGGCUACGGCAAGACGAUACCGCCAGAUCUGGAAGAGCACUUGAUCAACCUCUAUUUUGCGUGGCAGGACCCUUUUUCGCAUAUUGUCGAUCGGACUUUGUACGAGGACGCCAAGUACAAGUGGCUGGAACGGGAGGAAGACACACCGUAUUAUUCUGAGGCUCUCAGAAACGCAAUGUGUUCUCUCGGCGCUGCCUUCGAGUCCCGGUACCAUCCGAACUUUGUCACGUUUCCCAAGUCUCUGCCCGACUUCUUUGCCGCGCGCGCCAAGACUUUGUUGGAGAUUGAGCUGGACUCGCCCUCGGUGUCGACCGUUCAAGCGAUGGUCGUCCUCAGCAGCCACGAAAUCGGAGCAAAUAGAGACUCCAGGGGCUGGUUGUACAGCGGUACUAACAUCCCUAAAGGAAUGGCCAUCCGCCUCGCCUUCGACUUGGCUCUUCACAAGGACAUGACUCCCUACGUUACAAAGGGCAUCCUGACGCCCGCGGAAGCGGACCUGCGUCGGAAUGUCUUUUGGGGGACGUAUGUUGUGGAUCAGUAA